AUGGCUGCUUCCACCAUCAAGGAAUACGUCGAAAAGCAAUUGGAGAAGAGCUCAGCUGAUGAAAUCAGCGAAUUGUUGUUAGACAACAUCCAAUCUACCAAACUCGAAGGCCUCGACGGCUACGAAUUUAAUAACCUCAACCAUCUCUCUUUGAUUGCCUGUGGAUUGGAGACGUUGGAAGGUUUGCCAUCUCUGCCUGCCGUUCGUGUCAUUGACGCGUCUGAAAACAAGAUCUCUGAUGUUACUCCUCUGGUUGACAAAUGCCCUCAACUUUACCAUUUGAACCUAUGCGGUAACAAAAUUGAGGUACGUUUUCGUUAUGGUUUUAUGAUUUUUAAACAUUUUCAAAUGUAAUAACACAUUGCUAAUGAUUUAUAUAAAAAUUUUAAUGUUGUAAUCAAUUUGUUUUUGCAGAAGCUGGAACAACUGGAACCUCUUUCUGCCCUCAAAAACCUUCAAGUACUUGAUGUUUUCGAUUGUCCAUUAGCCGAACAGGAGGACUAUCGUACACAGAUCUUCUCUAUUAUUCCUUCCUUGGAGUACCUGGACGGAUUCGAUGUUAACAACGAAGAAUUGGAAGACUUGGAAGAUUACGCAGGAGAAGACGCAGAGGACGCAGAUGCUGAGGAUCUUGAAGAUGAAGAAGAGGAGGAAGACGAAGCUGAAGAUGUCGGUCUUGACUACCUCAACUCCUCCAGUGCGCUAAAAGAUGACAAUUCAGAAGACUACGUCGCCGAGAAGAAGAACGGCCUUAAAAGGAAAGCAGAAGACGACGCCGGCGACGAUGUUCCCGUCAAGAAGUAA